AAUAAUAAUAGUGGCGCUGAGAGUUGGAUGGAUUCGCUUCACAUGAUAAUUACGAUUUGAGUGCCAACUGCCCUCCUCCACCGCUCUUUCCCUCUCCGAUCUCCGAUCUUCUCUUCCGCCGGAGAAGAAGAUGCAGAUGAUGCUCUCCAAGGCCUCCUCCGCCAUGGCCGCUUUGCCUUGCACUAGGGUUAGAAGCGUAUGUGUCUGGCCGAGCGUGAAACAACUUUCCUUUAGAAAGGACCUUUUAUAUGGGGUUAUGCGACUUUUAUCUACUCCAUUGAAAACGUUGCGUGGAGCUAGUCGUUCACUUAAAGUUGCUCAGUUCUGCAGUGUCGUCAAUAUGUCCUCCACUUUGCAAAUUGAACUGGUACCUUGUCUUCGUGACAACUAUGCAUAUCUCUUACAUGAUGUUGAUACGGGCACGGUCGGUGUUGUUGAUCCAUCUGAAGCUCUACCAGUUAUCGAUGCUUUAAGCAAGAAAAACAGAAAUUUGACAUAUAUACUUAAUACUCAUCAUCAUCAUGAUCACACCGGUGGGAAUGAAGAAUUAAAAGCAAGGUACGGAGCAAAGGUGAUUGGCUCUGGAAUAGAUAGCGAUAGAAUUCCUGGAAUUGACAUAACUUUAAAAGAUGGAGACAAGUGGAUGUUUGCUGGCCAUGAAGUGCAUGUAAUGGAAACUCCUGGUCAUACUCGAGGUCAUAUUAGUUUCUACUUCCCUGGAUCUGCAGCAAUAUUUACUGGAGAUACUUUAUUCAGCUUAUCUUGUGGCAAGCUUUUUGAAGGAACUCCUGAACAGAUGCUAUCUUCCCUUAAAAAGAUCACUUCUCUGCCAGAUGAUACAAACAUAUUUUGCGGUCAUGAAUAUACUCUGAGUAACUCUAAGUUUGCUAUGUCCAUUGAACCUAAGAACGAGGCUCUCAAAUCUUAUGCAACCCAGGUUGCCAAUCUACGAAGCAAGGGCUUGCCAACGAUUCCGACAACAUUAAAGAUGGAGAAAUUGUGCAAUCCAUUCCUCCGUACUUCGAGUACCGAAAUUCGGCAGUCAUUAAAAGUUCAAAAAUCAGCCGAUGAUGCAGAGGUAUUGGGUAUCAUUCGCAGAGCUAAGGAUAAUUUUUAGCCCUCCCUAUAAAAUACCUUGAAAAGAAGAAGGGGGUGGGAAGAGUUCAUUUUAGUGUAUAGGAUAAUAGGGGGUUAACACAUGCAUAUGUAAAAUAAGUUUCCGGGAUCUUUGUAUUGAUGAUUUCCUAUGAGUUCCAUUCUCAGUUCAGUUAAUUUUAUUCUGCACAUUUCUUGCCA